UUUCCAAUGGUUGUUUGUUGUCAUGUAAAUAUAAAACGAUGAUUCGACGGAUAUCUAUCAGCAAUUCAUAAAAAUGAGUGAAGGCGGUUAAUGCUAUAAGAACGUCUUAGAUGCAUUAGUGCGCUUUUCAGCGGUUUUUAGGUGUGGAGGUGUGGAAUGAUGUCUUCUGAAGGUGGUGUUGUCAUCAGUGGGUUGGACACUGUUAAGAACAGACUAGUGUCGACUGGGAACCAGUACGCUGAUGAUGCAUACCAUGUCCUUGACCUUGAGAUCGAUCGCCCUCUCGACAGUACGUGUAGUACUGGACUGUGUGAUGCGACUGUGAAGGACAUUCCACUCUUCAAGUAUCAUGAGAUUCCAGACUUCAUGCAGGGAAAUCCUUUUGUUGUGAAAGGCUACAGAGUCUUCUUGCCUUUCAGCCUCUGUUUAAAAAGUUUGUUUGUGUGGUCCAAUGAGACAGUGAACAUCUGGACUCACUUUGGAGGAUUUUUUAUUUUUCUUCUCAUCACUCUGUACGACAACCUCAUCGUCAUCCCCAGAUACAACGGCACGCUAGCAGACCACAUGAUCGUCACGAUCGGCCUGCUUUGUUAUCAAUUCUGUAUGCUGUGUUCCACUGGUUUCCAUAUAUUCUGCUGUCACUCUGAGCGAGCUAGUAAACGGUGGCUGGCCGUCGAUCUGACAGGAAUUUCCAUCGGUAUCAUAGGAUGUUACCUCCCAGCUGUGCAUUACGCAUUCUAUUGUUUAUCUAUAUGGCGUGAUAUUUAUUUGCUAUCGGUAUUUGUUCUGAGUACUGCCGUGUUGUGUCUCCAGCUACACCCAAGAUUCUUCACCCACCGGUGGUUCCACAUACGGAUGUUGUUAUACUGCUCCCUUGUCGGGUACGGACUGAUCCCCACGGCUCACUGGAUCUACCUCAACGGAGGCUGGUCCUCCAGGAUAGUUCAGAUCUUUGUGCCAAAGGUGACCACCAUGUAUUUGUUAGGAAUGCUGGCCUUUGCAUUUUAUAUAACAAAAUUUCCUGAAAGAAUGUUUCCAGGCACGUUUGACUUCCUAGGAUCAAGUCAUCAGUGCUGGCAUGUGAUCAUAGUCAUAGCAUUUGCCUGGUGGACUAAAGCUGGAGAAGAGAUCAUGUUGUUUAGAACAUCCAAUCAGUGUCAUGAAUAGGACAUCCAAUCAGUGUCAUGAAUAGGACAUCCAAUCAGUGUCAUGAAUAGGACAUCCAAUCAGUGCAAUGGAUAGAUUGUUCGACCAGCACCAUGGGUAGUAUGCCCAAUCAGUGUCAUAAAUAAAAACCAGUCUUGUGGUCCAUGAUAUACUGAAACAUUCUGCACACUGCUAUGAUUUUGUUAUUAUGCAAGACAUGUUUGCUAGUUGUUAAAGCAAUGCUACAUAUUUUUUUACAUCUUUUAUGAUUUUUUAUACAAAUUUUAUUUACUGAUAAAAAUUACAAUCAACAUUACUACAAUAUUAAAUAUUAUAGAUGUUUAAACUUUUUUCACCAAGUGUAAAUAUUAAUUUAAUUUAUAGCAAUAAAUAUCAAUUUAUGAUUAUAUAGACAAUACUAGAAGUAGUGUCUAUAAUACUGUCACAGACUAAACCAAGAUUGCCGGCUAUGGGUAGAAAGUAGAGCUAAAUUAGUCCAUUGUUGAUUUUUACUUCUCUAAAACUGUAUCUGCGGGGAGGAGUCUUAACCCAGGUUAAAUAUUUGUCAUUCUGUCUACAUGGCAUAUAGAAAAUAACAUGGGUUAGUGUUUCUGGUCUGUGACGUCAUGGAAUGUUAAAACUGUUUGAUGUAUUAGCAAUACCCCGUUUCCGACAGAAGAAAACCAUAUAAAAACAAAAAAACUAUAUACAUUCCUACCUUGUUCUGUUUGAUUCAUAUCUUUUAUCACCUUACUUUUUUUUUUUUUUAUCUUUUAGAUUUUUAGUUUUUACAAGGUUCUAACAUAUUAUUUAUAUUAUAUAUGGAUUUCAGUAGACAACCGCCAUGACCUCUAUGAUGAAGUCAAAACACCAUGAUUUAAUCCGGGUUAUCCAUCUAUAUGAGAAUGUAAAAAUGGAAUUUAAAGUUAACCCAGGUUAAAAUUUAGCUCUGCAAUUUAGUUCCACAUUUUUUACUCUGUAAGUGUUUAAACAGGGUAAAAAAAAACACCUCAUGUAGACGGAUGUAGGCCAACAUUUUAAGAGAAUGUCAGACGAGUUUGUCAUGGUAAGACAAAUUUUUACAAAAUAAUUCCAUUCUGACCCAAGUUUAUCCAGGCUUAUAAAAAGAUCUGUUACACGAGCCAUGCAAGUACGAUUUACAUGACUAUAUACAUUUGAUAUGCUGUGCACUUAAUAUUUAUGGCAUGACUGCACUGAGAUUAUAGGAUGUGAGGCUAUGUGGAAUUGUCACCUACUUAAUAAAAACUUUGUGAUAAUUAUUAAUUAAAAUUGUGGUGGUCCUUUUUAAUACUGAUUCAAAAUUAAGACUGGAAUUUUGUUUUAUCAGAAUCCUGUGAUAAAUGUUUCUUUUUGAAUCCAAUAUACCCCAAAGUGGAGUCUGGGUCUGGUGAGUGUGUUACCAGUCGAAAAAGAAACGGGACUGAAUCAAAUAAGACAAAACACACUGCAUAUAUGGUGGUGCAAACUACAGAUCUGGCAAAAGAUGAAAGAGAAGAUGCACUACUAUACUUAUACACAACCAGAUGCACAAAGUUUGAACCUUCCUUUUUAAUUCUUCUUAAUACAAAACAGAAAAGGUGUAUAUUAAUAAAUGUGGAAUUCUCAUAAUUACUGUUGGUGUUUACAGAAGGAACUAUAUUCUAAAGAUAUGAACACAUUUAAUAUAUAUAUAUAUACACAUGUAUAGUGAAACCGGUUUAAUCGGGACCCUGAACAAACGGGAAUCCUGUCAAAACAGGCCAAGUUUCAUGGUUCAGAAUGUUCUAAUUUAUUGUAAAACACGACUCUAAACACUGGAUCCUGUCUAAAUGAGAUCAAUAUUAGGUCCCCGGUGUGAUCCGGUUUAAACAGGUUUCAUGGUAUUUUGACAGCACAACAUUUACAGACUUAGGUGUCAAAAUACACCAGACACAGUCUCUUUGCCACACUUGCCAGACCAAGACCCAGCUUCAGUGUGUGUUGUGUCUUAACUGUAUAAUCCAGGUCACAAACUCUGCUCAUCUACUUCUGUGAACUAAAAACAAAACAUUACAAGGAGUGUUUUACAAUGAUCAUACUAGUAUUUAUUUUAGUUUUGUGGUUUAUUGUCAGUGCGUGGUAUGGUGAGUGAUUUUUUCAAAUAUUCGACAAAAGUAAUCGAGACCAGUAGAUGUUUUCACCAGUUUUUGCUAGUUUUACAUAAAGGGGGCAUUAUGGAGUACAUGUGGGUGUCAUGUACACUUCUAGAAGGAUACAUUUUAAGAUAUAUUAUUAUUAAAUAUUAUAUUUAUUAACAAGGUAUCUUUUGUGUGCACGAGACAGUUUUAGUGGGGAAACCCGAUAUAUUUUACCAGCAAGGUAUCUUUUAUGUGUACCAGACAGUUUUAGAGAGAAAACCUGAUGCAUUUACUAGCAAGGUAUCUUUUGUGUGCACCAUCUCACCACAUACAGAAAAAGGCAGAACAUAUCGACUGGCCGUUAAUUAUGUUGGGUAUAUAUUAGUGUUUUAAAAAAUAUUGUUAUGUUUUGUAAUUAAAUAUACAGUUCAAGGAGUUCAGUAUUAUUAGCCUUUAUGGGCAAACUACAUUCUGGCAUUCAUAACUCCUCACAUGCACUUAUUUAUAUGCAAGUACAAUUUCUGUGACAUUUAUCUUAUUUAAUAGAUUUGAUAGGGAAAUAUUUACAUAAUAAAUUACUUUUCUUAUGUU